ACACACUCUCUCUCUCCAAGACUCCCUUCUUCUACUCCAGAUGAGCGUGCCUCCUUGUCAGGGUGAGCAGAUUCGGAGCUGAAGGUGUUGCCAGUGAACUUCCAUUUGGAAAGGACGACAACAAAAGAAGGAGUCCCUCCAACUGAAGAUAUUAUCUGAGUGACUGCCGGUGAGCGUGGAGGAAACAUUUAAAGAGACACUGCAGCAGGCGUCGUCGAGAUAAAAGUGCCACAUCGAGCUCCCUCGGCGAAAGCAGAACUUGUCUGAAGCCCUUCCUGGGAUUGUAAAGAGGACCCAGGGACGACAGCGAGCUGCCAGCAUCUGCCUGGCUGCCCAGCAUCGCCACAAUGAAUGAGAGUCGAAGGGAAGCACUGGCGGCGGCGGCGCCCGAGCCCACCACCGCCUCCUCCUCCACGGCUGGCUCCAAUACCACCAACAUGGCCGGCCCGGGCACCGGCGAGAAGGACGAGGCCUUUUCCAAGCUGAAGGACAAGUUCAUGAACGAGCUGAACAAAAUCCCAUUGCCAUCAUGGGCCAUUGUCUCUAUUGCCUUCGUGGCGAUCAUUCUGGUGUUAGCAUGCUGCUUCUGCAUCUGCAAAAAAUGGAUAUUCAAGAAGAAAAACAAAAAGAAGGGCAAAGACAAGGGCAAGAAUGCCAUCAACAUGAUGGAUGUCAAAGAUGGAGCCAAAACCGAGGCCUUGAAGGAUGAGGAGGAUGCUGAGACAGGGCUGACUGAAACGGAGAAAGAGGCAGAGCCCAAGGAGGACCAGAAACUGGGCAAAUUACAGUACUCCCUGGAUUACAAUUUCACAGAGAAUACGCUCAUAGUGGGGAUCAUCCAGGCUGCAGAGCUGCCUGCCAUGGACAUGGGUGGCACAUCUGACCCUUACGUAAAGGUCUACCUGCUGCCUGACAAGAAGAAGAAGCAGGAGACGAAGGUCCACAGGAAGACCCUCAAUCCCGUCUUCAACGAGCAGUUCACCUUCAAGGUCCCCUACGUGGAGCUUGGUGGAAAGACACUGGUAAUGACGGUGUACGACUUUGACCGCUUCUCCAAACACGAUGCCAUCGGCGACAUCAAGGUGCCCAUGAACAAGGUGGACUUCAGCCACAUAACAGAGGAGUGGCGGGAUCUGCAGAGCGCUGAGAAGGAGGAGCAAGAGAAGCUGGGCGAUAUCUGCUUCUCUCUGCGAUACGUCCCCACUGCUGGCAAGUUGACCGUGGUCAUCCUUGAGGCCAAAAACCUGAAGAAAAUGGAUGUGGGAGGCUUGUCAGAUCCAUACGUGAAGAUCCACCUGAUGCAAAACGGCAAGAGGCUGAAGAAGAAGAAGACGACAAUCAAGAAGAACACCCUCAACCCUUACUACAACGAGUCCUUUAGCUUUGAAGUCCCAUUUGAACAAAUCCAGAAAGUGCAAGUUGUUAUAACUGUUCUGGACUAUGACAAGAUCGGCAAGAACGAUGCCAUCGGCAAAGUCUUUGUGGGCCUCAACAGCUCGGGGACGGAGCUGCGCCACUGGUCCGACAUGCUGGCCAACCCCAGGAGACCCAUCGCCCAGUGGCACGUGCUGAAGCCUGAGGAAGAGGUGGACGCUCAGCUCUCCACCAAGAAAUAGGCAGGGCCCUUUCAGCUCCUGCCUUGUAGUACUCUUUAGCCAGUAUGUGUAAAUACCUCAGUGAUAUAUGGGUCCAUCCAUGUAACCCCGCCCUCCCCACCCCCUCAGCUUUACCUCCUGAUAUCACAAACAAUCCUAAUUGUUCAAACUUCCUGCGACAUCCCACCCUCUGCUUUUUUUAUCAGGUUCCCUACUUUUCUUGCUUUGUUUUGUUUCGUUCCUCUCUGAUUUGUUUGUUCUCCAUCUCUGUGCCCUUCACCGCCCGACCAAAUGCCCCCUUCUUUUAAGCAAUAUGAUCUGUAUAGAUAGCGCAUGACUGAAAGAAUUUAUUGUACCACAGUUGUAUAUAUAAGUAUGCAGACAAAAAUGAUUUCUAGUUUAUGUGUUUGUAUGUUGUUACCCGUUUCCUAAUCUGUGUAUAUCUUGAUGUUUUUAAUAAGAUGUUCUAUUUUAAAUUAUGUAAAUGCAGAUAUAGAGGAAAGCCAAUAUUAUAUAUCCCAGGAUUUAAAAAUUCUACCUUAUUACCUUAUUGCAUUCCAGAUAUUAAAAAAAAAAUUCCAACCUGCAAGACACUAGUGGAAAUAUAUUCACAUUGUAAAGGACGAUGUCUGACUUUAAGUUCAGCAAAAGGAUCAUCAUGGAAAAGACAGAUGAAUAUAUAUACACACAAAACUCCAAAAUACAAGGCCAUUAACUACUAUGGUUCUGAGGGAAAAUUAUGCUGCUGGAAAUUAUACAAGCACAUGAUUUCUUACGACUUUUUGUACUUAUUUCUCAAUCAGAGGACCUAUAUGUUUAGCUUGAUGCACACUGUUACCAGAAACAAUAGUUAAACCAGUUAGCAUCUUUUUUUCGUCUUCAUAUUUGGCAGUUUAAGUGAAAUAGGUCCUCGUUUUAAAGGCCAUCGUUCACUUAUGCUGGCUCCUUUUCUUUUCCUGAAAAUGGAAAAUAUUGCCUCCGAAAACCAAGACUCAUUUCUCAACCCUUAACGAAACAGACCCCAUGUGAAAAAAAAAAAAAAAAGCACCAAGCUGUAGCCAUUGUGUCCUUAAGCUCGAUAUUUUGUUUACUUUGAACAGCCUUGUCGUUGUUAGAAGUAUAUCGCAUUUAAGCCGGGGUCCGAUCUUUCUUUGAGAGGGCGUUGAAAAAAAGAAAAAAAAAAAAAAAAAGAGUCGUGACUCUGGUUUUAAGAGGACUAUUUUUAGAGCAAUUCAACGUCUUGACUAUUUUUCGUAAACUGCAUGAUUUUUUUUACGAUCUUUACUAAAGGCUGGGACGGGGGGGAGAUCUACUGACACCAGGGGCUGUCUCUUCUGAUACGAUCCCCUUGCCUUCAAUCAGAGGAGAGGAAAAUCAAGAGUUAAACUUUUGGGUCAAUGUAUGUGAAUAUAUUGACGGAGGCGAAGCGAGUUUCUAAACACUGCCAUUUUCCAGAGGUGACUUGUGUAAAGACCCUCUUUUCAUGCACACUCCCACUUGCUAGUGGUUGUAGCUUUUGGUUUAUUGGGAACAAUGUCUUUGGCUGCAAUGGUGCCCUGAAUCGCAGUCUUUGCUUUGCGUUGCCUUCUCACAGUGACAAUAGAGCUAGCCAUGUUUUACUGCCAAUUUUAACUUUUAUGUGGCUGCUGUUUUGCACUGGAUGUCUUUGAACUAGCUUGUCGACUUCUUUAGGAACAAUUCUUUGGACGAUUGUUGGGCUUCGUUUCAGGACACCUGCAGGGGGAGCCAGAACUCCACCUGCUCGAUCAGCUUAAUACACACACGAAAAACAAAAGAAAGCAAUGAUGACAAAUCACGUUUCAGCCAACACAUCAGUUUUGUUUUCUCGUUGGCACCGGACUACACCAAGAGAAUGCGAAAUAACCGUAAAGUUAAUGGUCUGCGUAGGCGAUUAGUCCAUCAUGUCCUUUACUACGGGUCCAAUUAGCAAAGUUUUAAUCCAUGAAAACCAUGAAGUCUCUUAUCUCGGAGGAACCUCUUGCAUAUACUCGAUGCUAGCUUCAGGAGGACUUUCUAAAUGUUUUCAAUGUUAUUGUGUAGUUGAUAGCACUAUUAUGAAAAAGCUACUUGUCAUUCCAUAGGAGUCUCUGAGGACUGCUUUGUGUAUCACUGUGACUGCCGUGUGUGCUUAGAGAUGUAGACUUAUCAGUAGGUAGCGAAACCAGUUUGUUCUGUAGUGAUGUCGUAGCGUUUAAUGCCAUUUUCCCUUCUACACGCAGAGAAAGAGAAAGACAGAGGGUGCGCGUGGCGUCAAUGCCCGACUGCACACAAAAAGGCCGGACAGAUGUUCUAUCCAUGCGGGUCGCUUCACACAGCAUUUUGUUGAGCACUGUGCAAUACUUGUAUGUUCAUCCCGUAGUGUUAACGUGGGUGGCGUUGCCCGAGAAAAAAAAAAGAAGCAAACACCAGAUUCUAACCCUUGAGGAUGAUUCCAGUCCAGAGAGAUGUUUCUCCUUUCCAGUGAGAUGGUUAGGACACAGCACACGUAGAUUCAGCUUACAGGUUGGAGCUUGUCGACCUCUUUUUAGGGUUCCCUCCCUUUUCGCAGGUUCGUUUUUUCUCUUCUUGCACACAGUUCCAGCAUCAGACGUUUCAGGGAGUAUUAGUUAAAUACCAAACAAGAUUCUACAUUUAAAUAUCCCCUUAAAAUGCAUAAAUGUAUAUAUUUACAUAACCGUGUCAGAAAAAUGUAUAUCGAGAAUAAAUAUAGAGCGACAUGAACACGCAGAUAUCACUCUAUCCAUCGUCCAUAUAUUAUAUUUUAUCAUUAUUAUUUCAGUUUUUAUUUCGCACCCAACCUGUUGAUUUAAAAAACAAACCGUUUUAUAUUUGAGAUGAAAACUCUGAAUGUACAGUACGGACUGUGUUGGUGUAGAUUAACCGUGAGAUUAGAUGUACUUUGCACUUUCUGUUGUAUGGAAAAAAAUCCGUUUUGUUUCUAUUUUUUUCAACUGUUAUGAAUUUAUUUCAUAGCCCUUCAGGGUUAAAACCUCCCCUGUCUGCAUUCCAGAGUCAUUGAAUAUACUUUAAUACAGCUGCACUCCCAAAUCCCUCAGAGGGAUUUUAUUUAACAUGUUUCACAUAUGUAGAUUCAUGAAUUCCAGUACAGCUUCAGAUUUAAAUAAACAGAUUGAUGUAAAAGGCAAAAACGGCCUGAGCAAUUUGAUAUUAACGCAAAAAAGGUUGUACUAACGUAAUUAACCGAUCAAAGCUGAAAGAAAAUUAAGAUCUAAACAUGUAUAAAUAAAUGUAUCAGGGAAUCCAGUAACAGGAAGUGUUGCAGAUUGGAUUGCGAGGUGUGUGGAAACAAAACCACAAAGCCAUUACCUGCGCCGCAAAGCAACGCUCCUCUUACUGUGAUUUCCCACCAAAGUAUGCAUGCUUAAACAAAAAUCUCCUCUUGUAAAAAAAAAAAAAAACCUUAUCAAGCUCUCUGUGUGACAAGGAACUCCAGAUUCUCUCCAGUGGCGCUCGCUGACGAAAAAGCCACACUGACCUUUCAGAAACAAAGCUGUGUAAAGUAUUAGAAUCUGAUGCUGUAGAAAGAUCCUAGUUGCCUUUGUGUAUAUCAACUGCCUGCUUGAGUAUUUUGUGUGUGGAAAAAUUUUCUCUGUAAUCUUGUAGAACUGUUUGGGGUGUUUUUUCCUGCCAUAUCGCUCGCGGUGACAGCGAGCCGCCGACAGUUAUAUUUGCUGUGUAUACCUUCAUUUUUUGACGAGGUGUUUUACAGUUUUGUUUCACUUUGUGUAGUGAUUCACUCUGUGGAGUUUUCUGACUGUUGUUAUAUAACUUCAUAUACACAAAUGAUCAAUAAAAAUGUU